AGUUGUAAUCGAACGGAAUUAUCUAAGAUAGUCUAGUUGCAGCGAUAGCAGUAACUCUAAACCGGAUACUCAUUUAAUUAUAAAUGUAUUUUUCGUUCGUUUGUUUUCAUUAGAGAGAAAAAAUGUCUAUGAAAUCGUUAUCCCAGAUCGUUGACGGCUUUCAAAUACCGGGGAAGUACAAUCCGGGUACAUUCCGUGCUGCUCUCAAGUACAAACCACGUGACGAUGAUUUGUUUUUGGUUACUUAUCCUAAAUGUGGUACAACUUGGACCGGACAAAUUCUCUUGCUUCUCUUUCAAAAAGGAGAACCUUUGUCGUCGUUCCUGGAUUUAUUCCUGAAAUUUCCGUUCCUGGAUUUGUCUGAGCCAAUAUUUAUGGAGAUGAUGCCCAGACCAGGUCCCAUCAAAACGCACCUACCCUAUCACAUGGUACCCUGGUCUAAAAAUUCAAAGUACAUCUACCUAACAAGAAAUCCUAAGGACUGCUGCGUAUCAUACUAUUACCACAUGAAAAACCUACCUUGGCAUGCAUAUACGGGCACGUUUGAUGACUUUUUUGAGGAUUUCUUGGCUGGAAAAACUGACUACGGUGAUUAUUUUGACCAUCUACUAUCAUGGUAUUCUCACAGAAAUGAUCCCAAUGUCUUAUUCCUCACCUAUGAAGAGCUCAAACAAGACAUAGAUAGCGCCAUUUUGAAAAUGGCUUCAUUCAUUGAUGAUGAAAAGUUCGCUGAACUUAUCCGAACAAAUCCUGACAUUUUGAGCAAUAUCAAGAAGCACAGCAGUAUGGAGGAAAUGAGAGAAUUCAUGACGAAAUCCAUGGGAGGCAUGGCUACCAUGAAACCGGAGGAGUUAAUGAGCAUAAAUGUUCCAGAUGUCAUAAAAAAUCUUUUCGCGGAACAAAUGUGUCAGAUGAAAUCUAGCGAUGUCGCUGAGAAAUUCGGGCAAGAUAUGGGUCAGUUCUUUAGAAAAGGUGUCACUGGAGAUUGGAGGAAUCACUUUUCGGAAGAUCAAAGCCGUCGUCUUGAUGAAAAAUUUGCCGAACGAACAAAAAAUACUGACAUUCCAAGUUUGUGGAAGAAUUUUAUGUAAAGCUAUUGGAACGAAAUUGUCCAUUGACAUAUUUUUAUAUCAUAAUAGACUUUUUGAGUAUGAGAUAUAAAUGUCUCAAAAUGAGUCCUUGAAGAGCCAAAAAGUGUAGAAUAAUUUCUAAACAAAAAGUGGUCAUAAAUUUAAGAUCAUCUUUAGAGGAUAUAUUUUAUUUUCAGCUGCACCAUUUGCUUCAAAACUUUUACGUCAGUUUACGAAAUAUCCAUUUACAGUUUUGCCAUAUUUUGUUAUUCCUAGAAAAUGUUUCAACGAGACUUCUGUAUUACAUAAGAUAUACAAUGUUACUGUUUUCCAUAAAUUGUUCUUGAAGUAUAAUAUUGAAAGUAUAUAAAACUUAAUAAAUUCUGUAAAUACAAGCUCUUAAAAUUUUUUAAGAAAACUUUUUCCAGUUGUAGUAAAGUGUUUGAUUUUGUGAAAUAUUUGAUUUAAAAGUAUUAUUCGUAGCAAGACGCAGAAAUAGUAUAAGCUCGUACGCAUUGAAAAGCUAGGAUUCAAACAGUGAUCAUUUUGAGUUACUGACAAUAUUAAAAAAUUCCUAUUUUUUUAUUUUACUGCAGGUAGGAAAAACUUGUCAAAGAAGCAUAAAAUUUAGUGAGUAGGAAAAUAUAUAUCAACUUACAUAAUGGCAAUAAUUAUAUACCAUUCUCCGGAAAUUAAAGAAAAAAAUUGUGUUUUUAUCUGUACGUUUUG